UAUUGCGAUGAUGCAGAUCAAGGCGCGCUUAUAUUCGAAUACGUCUCUGGCGGAACACUCCAUGAACGCCUCCACGGCAGCGGCAGCAAUAAGCGCUCGACUCUCCCAUGGAAGAGCCGCGUGAAGAUCGCCUUCCAACUUGCGCAAGCCAUCGAACAUCUCCAUGAAAGAUGCACCCUCCACAUCAUCCAUGGUGACAUCAAAUCCUCCAAUGUUUUACUGGACGGCGACUCCGAUUGCAAGCUCUGCGACUUCGGAUCCGCGAAAAUGGGCUUCUCCUCUAUGAUACCGCCACCCUCGUCGUUGCCUUCAUCAUCUCCUUAUGUUAGGAGAAAGAAUAUUAUCAUGGGUUCUCCGGGCUACACCGAUCCGGCAUACUUGAGGACAGGGAUAGCCUCGAAGAAGAACGACAUCUAUAGCUUCGGCGUCUUGGUCCUCGAGCUCGUGACUGGUUUGGAGGCGUUUCGCGCGGACAAGGGACUGGUCUUGGCCUCGAUGGCAGCUCAUAUGACUAAGGAUGUCGAUCGUAUGGAUGUUAGUGAGGUGACGAACAUGGUGGAUCCAAGAUUGAGAGGCGAUUUCAACGUGGAAGAGGCGAGGGCUCUGAUUGGACUAGCGAGGUCGUGUUUCGACGAGUCGACCCUAGUUAGGCCGACAGCGAGCUGCAUGGUGAAAAUGAUGAAAGAGAAGGUUUCUUCAAUUUCAUUCACGAACUCAAGGCAUAAACUCUCUGAUGAUCUGUAGCCAAAUAUGGAUGUUUGUUUGGAGAUCUACAUGUACAAUGUGUGGAUUUUCUAAUGAUCUGUGGCCAACAUUGAACUAUGUUUAUGUGAAGAUCUACAUGUGCAUGGUUUGAAAUCAAAUCGAAUUGAAUUAAUCA